CCUAAGUCACCUGGUGGCUGCAUGAAGGUAGACUAUUGCUGCACUCUCAGAAUGAAGCCUCAACCUGUGGAGGAAAGAAGAGGACAGAUCCUAGAGUCUCUGUGGAUAGUGAUGAGUCGGAACGUGAGCCUCUUGUUCACCACAAUAACAACGCUAGUGACAAUUGUCUUCCAUAGCGGGACAGCUCUUCUCAAUUUUGUGCUCUCAGUGGUGAUUUUCCUGACCACACUAUUCUACCUACUGAGUUCCAGUGAUGAGUACUACAAGCCAGUAAAAUGGGUGAUCAGCCUGACGCCUUUGUCUCAGCCAGGUCCCUCCUCAAACAUAGUUGGCCAGUCGGUGGAAGAGGCUAUAAGAGGUGUAUUCGAUGCUUCUCUCAAAAUGGCUGGGUUCUAUGGACUCUACACUUGGCUGACUCACACAAUAUUUGGGAUUAACAUAGUCUUCAUACCAUCCGCAUUAGCAGCGAUCCUUGGAGCAGUUCCAUUUCUGGGGACAUACUGGGCAGCCAUCCCUGCGGUCCUAGAUUUGUGGCUUGUGCAAGGAAAAGGAUGUAAAGCCAUUUUACUCUUGGUUUUUCACCUGUUGCCAACCUAUUUUGUAGAUACUGCAAUUUAUUCGGAUAUAUCAGGGUUCAACUUUGAGUUUGAACCCAAAAAGUAG